CCUCGGCUCGUCGGCGUCUGACGUCAUACGCAGCGCCUUGGCGGCGUUCCGGCUUAGACGGUGCGAUAGGCCGUGGCGGAGCCGAGCUUGGAAGCCAAACGGAACCGAGACGAGGCAGGCCGAAGAGACGAGAAGAGGACUGGCGGAGAGAGCAGCUAGUUCUCAGGGUGAGGGCCUCAGGUACCAGACUCAAUGACCGUCCAGCGCGAUGUCCGAGAAGUCAGGCCAGAGCACCAAGGCAAAGGAUGGAAAGACCAAGUAUGCCACCCUCAGCCUGUUUAACACUUACAAGGGCAAGUCACUGGAGACGCAGAAAAGCGCAGUGGCAGCUCGACAUGGCCUACAGAGCCUUGGGAAGGUAGCAGUGAGCAGGCGCAUGCCCCCGCCUGCCAACCUGCCCAGCCUGAAAGCAGAGAACAAGGGCAACGAUCCCAACGUCAACAUAGUUCCUAAAGAUGGCAGUGGCUGGGCAUCGCGCCAGGACCAGCCUGGGGAGGAACGUCCCCAGGAGACCACGACGCCACCACCACCACCACCACCAAAGCCGGGACCCCCACCCCCUCAGGAGGUGAGCAGUGGAACAGGUCGCUCCUGGGCCAGUAGCAGACCGGGCCCACAGAUAGACGGUGCCGCCGGUCUGAACAGCCACUUCCAUCAGGAUUUCCCCAGUCUGCAGGCAGCCGGGGAGUCUGAAAAGCCUGGAGAAGAGAAAGAGGCGGAGGAGCCAUAUGGGCCAGGCCCUAGUCUCAGACCGCAGAAUGUGGGCAGCUGGAGAGAAGGAGGUGGGCGAAAUCUCAACGUCACUUCAGGGACCUCCGAAAUGGAUGCCAGAGAAGCUGCAGCAGAGGAGGGAGGGCCAAGCAACUGCACUCCAUCCCCAACCCCAGAGCCAGAGGUUCUCAAGGCUCCCAGCGAGCAGUGGGAGAAAAGGGACGUUCGUGACAGGCCAUCAGUUGGGCAGCCAAAGCUUAAUGGGCAACAACUGGCUGGUGGAGUGGCCCCUCUCCCGACUCAAUUUAGAAAUAUGAUGCCAUCAUAUAUGUUUCCUGCCUAUCCCAGAAUGCCGUAUACCCCGGUGCAAGGUGCCACUUUACGGUAUGCCCAGCCACAGGAGGCCAACAAGGGCCCCAGGACUGCUGUACGUGUCCCUCAGGGCUGGCCUCAAGAUGGUGUGGACAGGCCCUCCAUUGUCAGUGCCACAGACCUGAAGGAGCUGGACAGUCUGGACACUGAGGCAGAUGAGGGCUGGGCUGGGGCGCAGAUGGAGGUGGAUUACACAGAGAAGCUCAACUUCAGUGAUGAUGAGGAAAACCAGGCAAGCAAAGAAAAAGGCGACAGUUGGGAGUGGAUGAGUAAAAUGGAGAAGAUGCGAUCCCGUAAUGCUGAGAGCCACGAAGAGCGAUUGGAGGAAGAGGAAUGGCCUAGCAGCAAGGGUACACCCCCAGCACCAGUUUCUCCAAACGCUAGAGGACAGCUUGACAUACAGGGAGCUCCUUCAGUACGCCACCUGUCUGCUGUGCCACCGCCAGGACGGACAAAACCACAGGCUGCUACUACUGAUGAAGAUUUGGAGGCAUGGAGGCAGAAGCGCAAAAAGCAGACGGAGAUGUCUGAAGCAGCAGAGCGUGCGCGGCGGAGGAGGGAAGAGGAGGAGCGUAGGAUGGAGAUCCAGCGUCUGGCUGCAUGUGCAGAAAAGCUGAAGCGGCUGGAUGAAAAGUUCAGACCUGCUCCACUUGCCACACCCGUGGCUGAAAAUGCACCAGUGCCACCUCAGGAGGAGAAUGUAGAGCCCAUCCCUGCCUCUCCAGAACAGAGUGAUUCACCAAGCCAGGAGCCACAGCCACCAGUGGAAGAAGUGCCAGCACCACCAGCACCUGCAACACCUGCAGAAGAAGCCGAGGACAAGUCUGAGGUGGAGGAGCAGACAGAACCAGAAUAUACCUGUGAGGGGGAGGAUUCCAAGGAUGGAGGUCCUGAGCCAGCAGAGGAGGAGCCCCCUAUGAUUGCUCCAGUCCUUUCAGUGGAGAGUGAGGGAGGGGAGUGCAAUGUCCACUCACGCCCCUCUGGGUACUCCAAGCAGUUUCAGAAGAGCCUGCCACCACGCUUCCAGAGACAACAGUUACAGGAGCAGAUGAAACAGCAGUGGCAGCAACAGCAGGCAAUGGCUGGCCCUCCUCCCUCAGGUGGCCCAGUGACGACGGCACAACAUCGCUCUUUGUAUCAGCCUAUGGGCCCUCACCAUCAGCACUUGGCCUCCAUGGGGUUUGACCCACGCUGGUUGGUGAUGCAGUCAUACAUGGAACCCUGCAUGAUGUCUGGCCGUGCCACUAUGGAAAUGUCCAAUAUGCACCCAGGGCGUUUGGCUCCAAAGCCAGUAGUAAGAAGGGAGCAGAUGGAAAGCACGGAGGCAUUUGAGCACGUUGGCAGAUCAGCGCGGGAUCCUGCAGCAGCCGUCUGGGCAGCAGAGCCGUACCCUCUGCCAGAGCCUACACCUGCGGGUACACCCCCCAAGGUGGCAGAUGAACCGAGGUUGGAGGAAGCUGCAGAACUGGAGCGGGGCCUUGUGGAUCCUCCGACCAAGAUCGAUGUUUUCCUGGAUGCCCCCAUCAGUAAGGACCCAGGUGUAGAUGUGCAGAAUGAGAAUGAGCAAACAGACAAGCAGCUUGGCACUCCAGAGUGCCAGCCUGUGGAGGUGAUGUGCAGCACCACUGUCCAGACCCCUGACCCCUCUGAACUGACAGAAAAAGCUAAGGAAAGUCUGCAGCCUCUGAGCAGGACUACCCCACCAACUGAGAAUCUGCCCAAAGUUGAAAAGCCCCCUAAAGUGAAGUCGGAGACCCGCUGGGGCCCUAGGCCAAGCUCUAGUAGAAAGGAAGGAGCUAGUGAGAGGCCCAUCCGCAGGUCAGGCCCCAUUAAAAAGCCCAUCCUACGUGAUAUGAAGGAAGAACGAGAGCAGCGGAAGGAGAAGGAGGAGCGGUCAGAACGGACAGUGAGCAGGAAGGAGGUACUGGUCAAAGCGGAGAGCAGUAAGCCUGCUGCCGACUCCAAAAGGGAGGAGACGAUCGUCACCCCACCCAUCAAGACGGUGCCCAUAGUCCCUGAUGACAAACCAGACACACGAGCAGAGAGUCCUCCAGCCAAUGAGAAGCUGCACCCUGAGACCAAGUCAAUCGGUAAGAAGGAGAUGGCUCCGCCCCCAAGAAGCUACCGGCGAGACCGUGACAGAGACUGGGGUCCUGAGGCCAGCUACAGGGGCCGAGGUAGGGGUGAGUACUAUUCACGGGGGCGGAGCUACAGAGGUACUUAUGGGGGUAGGGGCCGAGGCCCAGGUGUGGGUCCACGGGGACGCAGUCGAAGUGAAUAUCCUUUCCGUGAUGGUCGACUCCACCAAGACUUGGCACCGGCCCCUGCCCCUGCCCCUACUGGGACAAACAGGCACCGAGAGGAGGGCGAGACACGCAGCGAGAGCUCUGACUUUGAAGUGCUGCCCAAAAGACGCCGGCAGCGUGGCUCGGGCACCGACUCGGAAAGUGAAGCGCGUGACACGGCUAGCGAUACUGGCGUGUCUGAUAGGGAGAGUAGCAAGCUGCGUGUGGGCAAACGUGAUGACUGGCCUGCCAGGUCUUUCAGGGCUCAGCCCCUCUCAUUCCGUCCCCCUCCUGCACUCAAGGAAGAUGAGAUACAGCCCAAAGCAGGCUUCCUGCCCAAAGGGGAGCCUUCUCGACGAGGAAGAGGAGGAACAUACAAGCGUGGGGCUCGUGAGCGAGGCGGGCCCCCUCGCAGCACUCCCCUGCGGAGACACUGGUUAGUCAAACCUAUGGACACUUUCAGGCCGGAGGAUGCUGAGCCGAGACGACCUGAGCAAGGUCCAGCCUUCCACCCUGUGGCCGAGCGGCCCACCCCAAAGUUCCCUGAAGUACGGAGGGACAGGCCUCGGAGACAGCGGCCAGCAAGGCCCCCUAGACAGGACAAGCCACCUCGCUUCCGCCGACUGAAGGAAAGGGAGGCCGCCAGUGAUGUGGGAGCAAGCAGUUCCCCAGCUGUGGAACAGAAUGUGGGCAAUGCCUUGGAAAAUGUGGCGGCUGGCAGUAAAUCGCCGGACCUGUCCAACCAGAACUCAUCUGACCAGGCCAACGAAGAGUGGGAAACUGCCUCUGAGAGUAGUGACUUCAAUGAGCGGCGGGAGCGAGAGGAGAAGAAAUUGACCACCGACACUGCUUGUAUCGCCACGCCACAAGCUACUGGUUCCAAAGGUGGUACAUCAGAAGGAGGUGUCGGCAGCAGACGUGAAGCUGCUGCAGCGAAGAGGAGUUUCUCCAGCCAGCGUCCUGGGACAGAGCGACCCAACCGAAGAGGCAACAGUGGCCCAAAACCAGGGCGCAGCUACACCGGUGGAAAAGGAGACCGCAGGAGAGCCGAGGGCGCCAAGGGGGGCCGGCGAAGCCUUCUGGAAGACCACACUCAAGGAGGGGAUGCAGCAGAUGGUAUCCACACAGCUAGUUCUGGCCCGAGGAUGAGCAAGGACACCUCUGGGAAACGCAGGGACGAGUCUAAGCAGGCUGCCACCCGCAAAGUCAAGGAGAAGGUGGACGCCUUAUCUCAGUUUGACCUCAACAAUUACGCCAGUGUGGUAAUCAUUGAUGAUCACCCUGAAGUGACCACUCUGGAUGACCCUCAGUCCAGCCUGGUGGAUGACGGCUUCACAGAGGUGGUUUCUCGCAAGCAACAGAAACGACUCCAGGAUGAAGAGAGAAGAAAAAAGGAAGAGCAGAGUGUGCAGAGCUGGAGCAAGAAAGGCUCAAGUGAAAAGAGCCGAGGGGGCGGAGCCAAAUUGCCUCCCCGAUUUGCAAAGAAGCAGCAGCAGCAGGCAGCAUCCCAGUCCACAGCUGCUGCUCCGCCACCUGCAGAGGCUGCUGCCAACGCAGCUGCCCAUGGUACUGAAUUUACCAGUCAGGGCAAGGGACUUGCAGCUGGUCAGCCACACAGCACCCUGGGAACAGAGCUCUGGGAGACCAAGAUGGCUGGCUCCAGUGUGCUCAGUGACUUGAGUAAAAAAUUAGGCCCAAUUAGUCCCCCUCAGCCACCCAGUGUCAGUGCUUGGGACAAGCCCCUGACGUCCUUUGGAGGAGCCUUGGUCCCCGAGCAGAGCCUAAAGUCAGGACCAGAGGGAAGUGUGGAAGGAAUCCAGUUUGGGGCUCCUUCAUCCGCAGGCAGUACAGACAGUGAUGGUACCCCAGCACUUCUGGACAAAGUGGCAGAUAAUAAGCUUCCUGAACCCAAGGAGCAGAGGCAGAAGCCGGCACGGGCUGGGCCCAUCAAGCCUCAGAAGCUUCCAGAUUUGGUACCUCCUGAGAACAAGGAGCACAAACCCGGCCCCAUUGGCAAGGAGCGUUCUCUGAGGAACCGCAAGGUGAAGGAUAGCCAGCAAGUGGAGCAACAGGCCACCGAGAAGACCGUGGACCCAAACUCUCCCUCCAAAGACAGCAAGGUUGUGCCCAUUGACAGCAUGAUGUCGGUCAACACCACUGAGUUCACUACAAGCCCAAAGGAAACUGUGACAGAUUACACGUCCCCCUCCUCAUCUCUGGCUGAUGGCACUAAAAUGGAUGAUGGAGUAGUGCCCAGCGUGAGUAGAUAUGGUGGGGGAGGGAGUCAGCCCCCCAGUGGGCAGCAUGCCACUGCUCAUCCGCCACCCUGCGCUCCCCAAGUGCCUUUGCCUCAUGCACUUCCCAUCCCACGACGAGAAACCCUGCAGCAGAGCUCAGGUCUGACGCCAGUGUCUCCUGCCACAGUUGACCUGACCCUUAAGAUGGAAUCAGCAAGGAAGGCAUGGGAGAACUCACCCAGUAUUGGGGAGAAGAGCUCGCCAGUGUCGACGUCGGCGUCUCCCAUCACAAGUGGUGCGGCUGCCAGCAGCACCACUUACAGCUCCUUUUCUAGUACGUCGAUGGCCCAGAUCCCCGUGGCAUCAGUAACGCCUACUACCUCCCUAUCGGGCUCUGCCACGUAUACCACAUCGUCCUUGAGCACCAAGACAACCAGCACUUCUGACCCACCCAAUAUCUGCAAAGUGAAGCCUCAGCAGCUACAGGGUGGCAGCAUGGCUUCAGCUGGCCACUUCUCCCAGCUGGGCUGUGUCCCCCCACAGGUGUUUGUGUCCCAGUCGGCUCCAGGUGGGUGGCACUCUAGUCAGAGGUCCGCUGCUAGAUGGGAUUCCACCGCUCACUGCUCGUCUUCCUCCUCUAUCAUGCCAGGCUCUGCUGCGCAGAUCCCUGCCUUCUAUGUGGACACUAGCCACUUGUUCAGCACACAACACCCAAGGCUGGCACAGCAGCAGAGCUUCCAGCCAGGCUUGUCACAGCCUACCGCAGUUCAGCAGAUUCCCAUACCCAUCUAUGCGCCACUGCAGGGGCAGCAUCAGGCACAACUGGGGCCCCCUGUGUCCCAGGCACAGGAACUAUUCAGCUCUUCGCUGCAACCGUACAGGUCCCAGCAGGCCUUCAUGCAGAGCAGUUUGUCCCAGCCCUCUCCGGUGGUCCUCUCGGGGACAGGCCAGCCGUCUGCCAUGAUGCUGUCUGGUGCAGCCAUUCAUAACUACCCACCUGUGCAGCCACCUGACCUUAGUAAGGCAUCAUCUGGCCUGGCAUUCCAGCAGACCUCCAGUGCACCUCACAUACCCAUCUUGUUUGAACCGCCUCUCAGUCAGCCUUCUGGGCUUGGGGGCUCACAGCUCGUGGACACGCACCUUUUGCAGGCACGUCAGGGAUUGAGCCAGCCCUCGAGCUUAUAUACCGGGCAGGUGCAGCAACCCGGUCAAAGCAGUUACUACAGCUCGGCGGCAGCGGCGGCAUCUCCUAGCUCCGCUCUGCAGCAGGUGAACGUGCCCACCCACUCGCACGCCAGCCAGAGCAGCUACUACACUAGCAGACCAUUCCCCAGUGCCACUCUGCAGCAGGUGACUGUGCCCCUACCCACUUCCCAGCUUUCCCUACCCAACUUUGGCUCGACGGGAGCCCCACAGCCUCUGAUUGCACUUCCUCAGUCCCCUGCUCAGAGCCUCACCCGGCCGGCACAGGUCAGCCAGCCGUACCGAGGCCUAGUGAACCAGACGCAGCACAGCAUGAUGCCGCCACCCAAUAAGAUGUGUGAAAUGGACCUCAAGCUGUUUGGCAGCGGGAUGGACAUGAAGCCUGGGACGCCCCCCAUUGGUGCUCGGAGCACCACGCCCACCUCCAGUCCGUUCAGGGCAAGCUCGACCAGUCCCAGCAGCCAAAGCAGCAAGAUGAACAGCGUGGUGUACCAGAAGCAGUUCCAGUCGGCGCCCCCUAGUGUGUGCUUGCCACAGCACUUUUCAGGGCAGUUUCCUGCACAGAUGCUGUCUCAGCCCAACUUGAUGCCUCCACUGGCAAGACCCCCACACACCAGCUCCUUCCCUUCAGGGGUACAGAGAACACCCAUGGGCCCCCCAAUGUCUCCAUCUCUUGGUGCCAGCCUCAUGAACCAUGCCCGGUCCCAGCAUGUCGCUCGAAGCACUUCAGGGGCCCUGGCCCCCACUCGUGGUGGGCAGGCAGCCCUCAAGGCAGAGCAGGAUCUCAAGGCCAGGCAGAGGGCCGAAGUGUUGCAGUCCACCCAGAAGUUUUUUUUGGAGCAGCAGCAGCAGCAACAACACAAGCCCGCUGGGAGCAAGAUGUGCCGAAGCGACAGUGCCGGGAAGCAGCCCGCUGAAAACAGUAUGGCGACCCCACCCUUGGCUCAGGAGCUCCUGGAAGUGGACAAGGGGCCUCCGGCACCCCCCAAGCCGGUGCGAACGGGGCCCAUCAAGCCCCAGGCCUUGAAGCCCGAUGAGACCAAGUAAGCCCUGGAGGAGGAGGAGGCCUCGAGACGUUCCUGGCUUCCCUCUUUGGCUUUUCUUCCUUCCUGUUAGUCGUAUACUUUUUUUUUUUUUUUGGUUUUUUCUCGUUUCUCUUCUUUUUAAAUCUUGUGCUUUUUUUUAUAUAUAUAUAAAAAUAAAGUGGAAAAAGUGAUGACUUA